GUGUCUUCCAGACGCACAGAGUUUCCAAGGCAGUGGGGAGUUAAGGGAGCCGACCUCAGCCACCUUCAGCUUCCUGCAGAAAAUGGCCAAAGGGAGACGCUUCAACCCAGCUUCAGACAAGGAUGGAAGCUGGUUCCCUCAGAUUGGACUAACAGAAAAGACACCAGAAUCCAGCACAAGUGCUAUGUUAAAAGAGCCCCACCGCCCACAUUUGUCUCGGCAAGUGGAGGGGAAGCUACCACCGAUCUACAAAGUCCGGGAGAAGCAAGCUGUAAGUGACAACUUCCCCUUCUCUGUGCACGACAAUCGGCACAGCUUUCAGAGCUCUGGAUGCUACCUGGACUCUGGCCUGGGACGUAGGAAGAUCUCCCCAGAGAAAAGGCAACAUGUUUCAAGAAAUUUCAAUCUCUGGGCGUGUGACUAUGUUCCAUCUUGUUUUGAUGGCUUUUCAAAUAACCAAAUAUCGUAUGUCUAUCAAGAAGUUGUGGUGGUCCCAGUUUUCAGACGCUUCCCAAGACAUUAUAAUGAGAUAUGGAAGUCUUUUAAAUUUGUUCCUCAGAGAAGCUAUACAGAGUUUUUGAAAAAGACUCCAAAAGUAAGGUUUGCUAUUGACAAGAAGGUUGGUUCUUCACUGGAGCCCUAAUCCAUCCAGAAGGUUAUUGAGUUUUGUAAUAUUAGUAUUGCACUGAACAUUCUAAAAGUAUGUGUUUUCUGGUUCAGCCAUACUAGUUGACAUAGGAUUUGUUUAAAUUAGAGAUUAGAGACUGUACAUGCCUUAAUGCUGAGGUGAAAUAUUCUUGCUUUGUUAACACAGAGAUUAAAGUCUUUAUAUUGAGAAACUAGAAAAGCUACACAUUAUGUUACCACUCCCCACUUUAAAAUAUUUCUGUUUUUUAAUAAGGUUGAAAAACAUUCAAGUCCUUAUAAAAUAAAGAUCUGUGAAGAUAUACACACUUUAAAUGAAAGUGCUUUAAACGAAA